AUGUUUUCAUUCUACAUACGAGUUGUUUUUCUUCUUCUAAUUUCAUAUAACCAUAUAUCUGGAUUAUCAAAACUUCCAUUAUGUCAAUGUGAAUGUUGUCCAGGUGAACAAUGUCAAUCUCAAUUAUUAAUAUUUUCUGUUAAUAAAUGUGAUGCAACAACAUGUUCUUUUGAACAAUGUUAUAAAAUGUAUCCAAAUAUAUGUGGUCUUACACCUGGCAUUACUAAUACAUCAUGUAGUAUUGAGAAGGAAGCUACAACUAUUUUAUCUAAAGUUACUAUUACUCUCUUGCCGAAUGUUACAUCAUAUAAUGUUAUUCUACCAAUGACGAUUAUUAUGAAUCUUCUAUUCUUAUGUCUUUUUAAACAUUUUUAA